AUGGGAAGGAAAAGCUCUUCGCGAGGGUCCGGGACUGCCAAUCCCGGGGCUGUCUCCCUCGACGGAGUGUUGUCUUCGCCUUGGACUUUCCUAUGCCCAACAGGCGAAUUGCGCGACUCGGUCCUCAAGUCUGCGAAAUAUUUCCUCGACCCUCUCGCGUCCUCCGUCAGCGACUCUCAAACCGUUCGACAGCGCAUCAACAGAAAGCGCAAGAGAUCCGCGAUCGAUGACCCUUCUAUGGAAGACGUCCUCCAGCUGAAGCAAUUAUACGCCGACGGAUUUACGCCUGAUCAGAUAUGGGAGCAAGCCUCGAGGAUUCUCACCUCCGCCGGACAGGAAGUCGAGUUCGACCAUGCCUUGUAUAUGCGAAAUGUUGAGCGCCCUCGUGGAACGUCAUCGGACCCUUCCGACAGCGCAUCUGAUGGAAGCGAAGAAGACCAGCUUUUAUCCGAUGCAGAGAGCGACGUCGAUGGGCUAGGAUCCGAUGACGAUGGCAUGGACUAUGAUAUCGACGAUACAGACGCUGCGAUGGAGCAUGGCGAUCUUGCUGAGGAUGAUAUGGACUACGACAUGGAAGGAAGCGAGGAGGGUGCGUCGGAUGAUGAGGCUGCUGGUGAAGAAGAAGUUCGAGACACUUACACGGAGGAUCCCUUUGGAUUGAACGACGGCUUCUUCUCUAUCGACGACUUCAAUAAACAAUCCGAGCUUCUCGAGCAACAAGACGUCAGGGGUGAGCCGGAUGAUGCUGGAAGUGAAGAUGAUGACAUUGAUUGGCAUGCUGAUCCACUCGUCGCCGGAAAUGCGACUUCAGUCACGGCUGCGACGUCAAAGUCGAAAGGCGGUGAUGGAGAUGAUGAUGAAGAGGAUAGCGAGGAGGAAGGACCGACCUUUGACAAUGUUGGCUUGAAUGCUGCUUCGGACUCAGAGGAGGAAGACGAUACUUAUGGAGGAGCUGCCGGCAUGAGUGGAUGGAUCGACACAAGUGACAUCAAAUACGCCGACUUCUUUGCACCGCCACCUCGGAAGAUAUCGAAAAAGGGAUCGCGCCCCCUCCCAAAGACACAGCCGGACCACGUUAUCACGGAGGAGGAUGUGGACCGGGCUAUGGCGGAUGUACGCCGCGAUCUCUUCGACGACGAAAUGUCGGGCGAGGAAGACGAGGAUGCGAAUGAGGAAGGCGUUCCUCCAGGCGAGCGUUCGACCCAUGAACAACAACGAGCGCGUAUUGCAGAUGAGAUCCGUCGUUUAGAAGCCGCCAAUGUUGCUAAGAAAGAAUGGCAGCUCGCUGGUGAAGCCAGGGCGGUUGAACGCCCGGUCAAUUCGCUCAUCGAAGAAGAUCUAGAGUUCGAGAGGAUUGGAAAACCAGUCCCAGUGGUUACAACAGAGGUCUCGGAAGGGAUUGAAGAGCUUGUGAAACGCCGGAUCCUGGCGAAAGAGUUUGAUGAGGUGAUACGCCGGCGUCCUGGAGUGGCUGACGGUCAAGUCUCCAAGAGGGCAACCUUUGAACUUGAAGAUACCAAAGCGCAGCAGAGCCUUGCAGAGAUCUACGAGAACGAGCAUCUUCGCACAACGGAUCCCAACUAUGUGGACCCGAAGAAUCAGAAGCUGAUGCGCGAGCAUGCCGAGAUCACCAACCUGUGGAAGGAUAUCAGCUCACAGCUGGACACGCUCUCGAACUGGCACUACAAGCCCAAUGCACCACAGGCGAGCAUCAACGUGGUCCCGAUGUGGCAACAAUCCUGA